AUGAUGAUGUCCACCAAGAUAGCAAAGAUCGAAAUCUAUAAUCUGAGGGUGGAGAGCAAAGACCAGAGUUUCAGUCUAAACUUAGAUGUGAGCAAAGUGAACAGGAAGGAGCUUUUGACAGUGCCUAACCCAAACUAUGGAGAAAUGACUAAGAAAUUUUCACACCUUAAAGGUGUGUAUAUGGAAGAAAGAUCAGACAAAGAAGCGUUACCAAUACAUCUUAUCAUAGGAGCUAGUGACUAUGCAAAGAUAAAAACUCCAACAAAGCCUAGAGUAGGGAAGCCAGGGGAGCCAGUGGCAGAGCUUACAGGGUUCGGAUGGACUAUAAUGUCACCUGGAUACGAGAUAGAAUCAAAUAACAUGUUUUUCGCAAAGUCAGCACUUGCCGAUUUUGAUAGAUUAUGUUCACUAGAUGUCCUAGGCAUACAGGACAAAGCAGAGAAAGACAUAGUUAUCCAAGAUUUCAAAGAUCAGUUGGAAAGGAGCCCAGAAGGUUGGUACAGGACCGGUCUUCUUUGGAAAUCAGAGAUCCCAGACCUGCCAGACAAUGAACAAGGAAGCAAGUCAAGAUUGAAAAGGCUCGUGCAAAGGUUAGAAAGACAGCCAGAGCUUUAUGAUAAGUAUGAAGAAAUACUACUGCAACAGGAGCAAGAAGGAAUUAUAGAGAAAGUUACCUGUCAGAGCAAAGAAGGAAGAAAGUUUUAUUUACCACACCGAGCCAUAGUAAGAGAGUCAGCAGAGUCGACCAAAGUAAGAAUUGUAUUCGAUGCAUCUGCAAGAGCAAACGAUCAAUCACCAUCACUCAACGAUUGCCUCGAAACAGGCCCCCCAUUGCAAAACCUGAUCUGGGACAUUUUGGCGCGAAACAGAUUGCAACCCAUCACACUAUGCGCAGAUAUGAAACAAGCUUUCCUACAAAUAAGAAUUAAAGAGCAGGACAGAGAUGUGUUAAGGUUCCAUUGGUUGAAAGACAGAGAUUUAGAGAAACUUGAAGUCUAUCGAUUCACUCGAGUAAUGUUUGGAUGCAGCCAAUCGCCAUUUUUGCUUUGUGCUACCGUAAAGAAACAUCUUGAAGAAUGUAGAGCAGAGUUUCCUGAGGAAGUCUCAGAAAUUGAAAGAAGCAUCUACGUCGAUGACCUUCUGCUAGGUGGGUCAUCCAUCACAGAGGUACAGAAAUUGAAAGAGUCAGCCAUAGAAAUAUUCGACAGUGCAAAGUUUACAUUGCACAAAUUGCACUCAAACAGAAAAGAGUUAGAGACAGAUGAUGGUGAUCAAGAAGAAAUAGAUGAGAGUUUUGCCAAACAGCAGCUGGGAACAAAGGCCAAAGAGUCCAAACUAUUAGGGCUUACAUGGGACAAACAGAAGGAUACCAUUGCAGUCUCAAUAAAGAAAGAGAAAGGAAGAGGAUCAACAAAGAGAGAAUUAUUGCAACAUCUGGCUUCAAUAUAUGACCCACUGGGAAUUAUUUCACCAAUUACCCUAGUUGGAAAGAUCAUUUUCAGAGAUGCAUGUAAACAAGGUGUCAAAUGGGAUGAAGGACUACCAAAAGACCUCAAUGAAAGAUUCGUGCAGUGGA